CAGUGCGUCAGUUUAGUCACUUUUGAAAUAGUGUCCAACGCAGAAGUGCUGUUUAUUUUCUCAAACCAAAACCACCAACAAGUGACAUUAACCCACCAGAGGAAAUUUUCACAAAACACUCCGAAAAUCGUUCCACAAUGAAUGUUAGUGAUAUCAGAACCAAAUAUAACGAUAGAACGAAUUUGUUCUUGGAGGAGGACAUCGAGGUUAAAGAACCGUUUCAUUUAUUUGAAAAAUGGUUCAAUGGGGUAAGGGGACAUCCCGCUAUUGAGGAACCAAACGCCAUGUGUUUAGCAACAGCGACAAAAGAUGGUUUCCCAUCUGCCAGAUAUGUUCUGUGUAAAGGGUACAGCAAAGAAGGGUUCAAAUUUUUCACGCACUACACAAGCAGAAAAGGGCAAGAACUGGAAGAAAAUCCUCGCUGCGCACUUACAUUUUACUGGGCGCCCUAUAAAAAAUCUGUCCGUAUUGAAGGAAUUGCCGAAAAACUCCCGUUUUGCGACGCCGACGACUAUUUUCAAACCCGACCAUACCAAAGUCAAAUUGGGGCUUUGUGUAGCAACCAAAGUAAACCAAUCACAAGCCGCGAGGUUUUGGCGCGAAAAGAAGAGGAAUUAAAAGGGGUUUAUAGCGAAGGCGGUGUUCCAAGACCGCCACAAUGGGGUGGCUAUAUUGUCAAACCCACCAGCAUAGAAUUCUGGCAUGGCCAAACUGACAGAAUUCACGACAGGAUUAAAUUCAGAAAACCACGCGAUUCAAGUGAACCUGAUGGAAUUCUAACCCACCAAGGGGAAAAUGGGUGGAUAUAUGAAAGACUAGCUCCUUAGAGCGCUACUUUAGACUAAUUUUAAUUAUAGCUCGUUUAAGUCCAUCUGAACAUACCCAAUGGGUUGUGUGAUUAAAAACGUCUUCCUUUUUUAGCGCGUCUUCAAACUGGACAAUACCUCCCCCUACUCCAAAGUAGUGAGAUUUAGCGGCUAGAAAACUGUAUGUCAUAAGAAAAAUUCAUCAAUUAGGUCUCAAUUAGUAUAGGAAAAGGAUACAUUUCUCCAUUUUUAUGUAGUAAGUCACGAAAUAUAGUCAAUAUUUUUUUAUAAUUAUUUACGUUGUAUAUAGUCUCUGAGGUGAAAAUAAAAUCAAACUUGUUUUCA